AGCCCUCUCUGUCUGUCCGCGCCUUGUCUUCUUCAAACACAAUUCAUCUCCUCCUUUAACUCUCUCCCUUUCUCUCUUUACUAUUUUCACUUCAUACCAUUACAUUACUCUCAAUGGAGGCCUCGGACAUGUUUGUCGGCAACUAUUUCGCUGCCGGAGAGCCGCAAUUCUUGUCCGAAAACUACUACUUUAACGGAAACCAGCAAGUAGAUAACAACAAUCAGUUCGCAAUUGAUGACUUGCUGCUUGACUUCCCGAAAGAAGACGAUGUGAUGAAUGAUGCCUUUUUCCAUAGCAUUGCCGCUGAUUCGUCGUCCCCUGUCACCGCGGUCCACAGCUGCAACUCUUCGGGUUCGGGCAACAUUAGCUCUGGCAGCUUCACUGAUGCUCAAUUCUCCGGCUCCGAACUCUGCGUUCCCUACGAUGAUUUAGCCGAACUCGAGUGGCUCUCGAGCUUCGUCGAGGAAUCAUUCUCCAGCGACGACAUGCAGAACCUGCAAUUUAUCCCUACAUCCGUGACAACCAACUACAAAAACUCCCCGAUUUUCAACGCUGAUGUUUCGGUCCCCGGAAAAGCACGAAGCAAACGCUCCCGCGCCGCUCCCUGCGACUGGUCCUCUCGGCUGCUCCACCUCUCCCCCGCCAAGGCCCAUCCACGGAGGCGCGAGAAUUCCGCCGAGGCAUCCGGCAGCGGCAGAAAAUGCCUCCACUGCGCCUCCGAGAAGACGCCGCAAUGGCGAACCGGUCCCUUGGGUCCCAAGACACUCUGUAACGCUUGCGGCGUCCGGUUCAAGUCAGGGCGCUUAGUCCCCGAGUACAGGCCCGCGGCGAGUCCUACAUUUGUCUCCGCCAAGCACUCGAAUUCGCACCGAAAGGUCGUCGAGCUUCGGAGACAGAAAGACGUCCGCGAAGCUCAACAGCAGCACCAGCACUCGCACCCGCAGCAACACCAGCACCAGAUGAUCAAUCAGAGAACAAUGUUUGGGGCAUCGAACGGUGAUGAAUACUUGAUUCAUCACCCUCAGUUCAAUCACAUGCUCUAGUUAGUCAUUGCCUCGGGGCCUAAACCGAUCACUACUAUUUUAACUAUAAUUUUGUAUUUCGAUUUUAAGCAGAACGAGAAGAGAAAAAAAAGAAAUUAAAUUAGGAAAAAAAGGUGGAGGGAGAAAAACUGUCAAUUAUCAUUACUUAAUUUUUAAGCUCUGUAACUGUCUUUAUCAUCGAUCUUUCUUAUAAAAUUCCAUUGCUUCUUCGUUGUUUUCUA